GACAAACGCCAAAUCCCAGGGUGGACAGAGUCGAAAUUAAGGAAGAAAUGGAAGGAGAAUAUGGGAAACUGACGGCAGAUGUCACCGUCACAAGACCCCAGUGUCUCCUCAGAAGUGGAUCUUGGCACGUUAUGAAUCUUAUAGAGAGAACGAGAAGCGCCAGCUCUUUGCAUAUGCUCUCUACUGCACACGCCUCAAACACUACUACAAUGUUUACAACAACUCUCUCCUUCCCGUCUUCAAUCUUCACACACAAGUUGUAAUCUUUUCUCGCCAUUGAAAUGGCUCUCUGAACCACUUUGGCCUUAGCUUCAACGUUUCAAAAUUAUCAAAAGCGGUGUACUUUGAACUUUUUGAGAAAACAAAAAUCAAGACGGUGCCUUUUUCUGUUCAUUCUGUCUCGUUUGUCUGAUUUUAUGCUAAAGGUUUGGGAUUUGCAAUGGGUCUCUCACUCCCUCUUCUCUCUUAUCCAAGAAUGACUUUUGUUUCUGCUGCAAAACUAGCCAACUUGUUAUUUUGAUUUUGAUGUGAAAAGCCAUAUUUUCUAUCUUCAAAUUUGUUUUCAAGUAUGGGAAUUCAAUUUAAAUGGCUGGUUACUGAAUAGAGCAUUUUCUUUCUAUGUUUUACAUCACUUCUAUUAAUCAACGUUUCAAUGCAUGAAUAAUGAUUUUUCUCCAAAUGUAGUUGAGGGAGAAUUAGUUCCACUGCUUGCUAGUUCAAUUUUUUUCCUCAUCGGAUCACAUUCAAGUUGAGGUUUUACUUCCAAAUUUGUGGGUUUCUGGUUUCCUUUUGAUUAUUUUGCUAAGUUUGGUUCAGACCCAUGAAAAAUUUUUACUGGUUUAAGCAAAUCUCCAACAACGGCAGAUCAGGAAGGAGACUCUCUCUUGGAGAGUACAAGAACGCAGUUUCUUGGUCCAAAUAUUUGGUGUCAUCUGGGGCAGAGAUUAAAGGAGAGGGAGAGGUAGAAUGGAGUGCAGAUAUGUCCCAAUUGUUUAUUGGUAACAAAUUUGCAUCAGGGAGGCAUAGUAGAAUUUAUAGAGGGAUUUAUAAGCAAAGAGACGUGGCAAUUAAGAUCAUAAGCCAACCUGAGGAGGAUGAGGAGUUGGCUUCUACGCUUGAGAAGCAGUUUACGUCAGAGGUGGCUCUGCUUUUUCGGUUAAGUCAUCCUAAUAUCGUCACUUUUGUUGCAGCUUGCAAGAAACCUCCUGUGUUUUGUAUAAUUACUGAGUAUUUGGCUGGAGGAUCAUUGAGAAAAUAUCUCCACCAGCAAGAGCCACACUCAGUUCCACUUGAACUAGUUCUGAAAUUAGCUCUUGACAUUGCACGCGGGAUGCUAUAUCUUCAUUCCCAAGGAGUACUUCACAGGGAUCUCAAAUCAGAAAAUUUAUUGCUCACGGAAGACAUGUGUGUUAAAGUCGCUGAUUUUGGUAUAUCUUGCUUGGAAUCUCAGUGUGGUAGUGCAAAGGGAUUUACAGGGACUUACCGUUGGAUGGCUCCUGAAAUGAUUAAGGAGAAACAUCACACAAAGAAAGUUGAUGUUUAUAGUUUUGGUAUAGUACUAUGGGAGCUUUUAACUGCAAUGACACCAUUUGACAACAUGACCCCGGAACAAGCUGCAUUUGCAGUCUGCCAAAAGAAUGCGCGACCACCAUUACCCGCCGGAUGUCCAUUAGCAUUCAGUCAUCUUAUCAAUAGAUGCUGGUCAAGCAAUCCAGAUAAAAGACCGCAUUUUGAUGAGAUAGUUGGAAUUUUGGAAAGAUAUUCAGAGUGGCUUGAACAGGAUCCAGAAUUUUUCUCAAAUUACAAACCUUCCUCUGAACAAAGUAUGUGUUGCUUCCUGCAAUGCAUGGCUUCUGUAAAAGCCUAGUACCUCUUUCUUCAGUUACGUGUGAUGCUAAGUGUAACAUAAUUUAUAAUUCUUUUCUUUAGGUUUUUGUAUCUUCAAUUAUGAUUAGCAGCCUAUCUUUAGCCCCCUUUCUUUAUUUCCUUUUUCUGUAAUCCUUCUGCAUAAAAUAUAUUGGAACGUAAACAGUUCCUUUCAUCCCUAUCAGCCAAAAUAAAAAAAAAAGCCUUAAAUUGAGGCAGGAGUGAUAAAUCAUGAAUUAAA